UAUGGGCACCCAAUAAGCAGCCUGUUUUGUUGUUGGACUGGCUAUAAAAUCCCAAAUCCCCUCAGCUCCUGGCUGCUGGCACCAGGGCUCACUAAAAGCAAGCAGAAUGGCCUUUCAGUCUGUGCUCUUUGUUUUCUUAGCUGGACUGGUAUUUUUCUCUGAAGCUGCACCACUGGUCUCCCAUGGCUCUGUUGAUUCCAAAUGCCCUCUUAUGGUGAAAGUGCUGGAUGCAGUCAGAGGAAGCCCUGCAUCUGGUGUCAACGUUAAAGUUUUUAAACAGGCUGAAGAUGGAAGCUGGCAGGACUUUGCUGUUGGGAAAACCACAGAGUACGGGGAGAUUCAUGAUCUCACAUCCGAAGAACAGUUUGUAGAGGGAAAGUACAUGGUGAAGUUUGACACCAGCUCCUACUGGAAGGCGCUCGGGCUUUCUGCAUUCCAUGAAUACGCUGAUGUGGUGUUCACUGCUAACGACUCCGGCCACCGCCACUACACCAUCGCCGCUCUCCUCAGCCCUUUCUCCUACUCAACCACUGCUGUUGUCACUGACCCCCAGGAAUAAACAUGUACUGUCUUUUCACACUUUCCUCCACUAGAACUAUCAUAGGCUUUUAGGAGGAAGAUUUUUCCUAUGGCUAAUGCAUAACUUUUUGCUACAUUAGUUGUGUUUUUUUUUCAUUUUGUGACCUGGCAAACUUCAGACAAGUCAAUAAAAUAUUACUUCUUUAAAACAA